UUUCGUCCUUGCAUCAACUAGCUAGCACGUCGGCGAUUCCCAUAGUCAAGAAAGGUCGUCAGGUGGGGAUCUACCAAUACUCGGGCUCCAUGACGGUUACAGUACUUUGGUAGAUGUUGAAGCUAAAUUCGGCGUGAUUAUUCCUAACUCAUUUCCAUGAUCUUCCCCAAGUAUAACUAGGUUGCAUCCCCAUCCCUUUCCUUGCAACUGGUCACGGAAUCUAUAUCCAACGGCGUCCUGCAGUGUCUCUCCGACUCUACACUGGGCGAGAUCAUCCUGCGGCCCUCAGAAGGAAAAGUCAUAUACCCCUGAAGCGCCCCGCGCCACCAAUAAAAGAGAAACACCAAGCGACCCCGACCGUGUGCUGUGUGAAUAUCACCCUUGUUCCAACUUGAGCAGGACGAGCUCACCUACACAACUUGCUGUUCUCACAAAACAUAUGCCAUGGACAUAAAUCGACCACAUCUAGGCAUUGGCGAUGCUCUUGAGCGAAGGCAUUCUGACACAUCCGUGCUUCAAACAACUCAAAUGGCUCCAGCAGCGGAAUUUCCUCACCCACACUACGCCAUGAUCUAUCUCGAUCAUAAUGGGGAACUUCGAGUGAAAGCAUCUGCGUCGAUUGCUGGCUGUGGUGGCGCCAUAUUCACGCAAGAGGUGACGGACAACUUUGUGAAAUUGGCUGCUCCUAGCCCCAUGGCCAACAUGCAAUUCAAUCCUAGUAGGCCAAAUCUCCAAGCUACACUUCAUAUGUGCUCUUUUGACUGGAAUCAAACUGGCAUAGACACUGGCCAUUUGGCGGAACGAUCACCUUUCGGCCUUCAACCAAGCCCGGGACUGGUACAUGCCGGGCAGACUAGGCCUGCUGAGUUGAUACCAUGUCAGUUCCUGGAUCAGAAUAAGAGAAGACGACGCGACACGAGAAGAGCGAGCAUAGCCAACUCUAGUUCCAAAUCCACAUCCCCAUCGCCUACUCCUCGACCGGGACGUACCAUACUUCGCGUCGGGGAUAAGGAUCUUCUACGACGAUACUACGAGAAAGCGUUCGAGGAUUUCCAGCAGUUAAACUGUCGAGCUAUUGCCAAGUCAUAUAUUAAGCUCGUGGAACCGAGGAAACAGGUUCACUUUCCUUAUAACGGACGCAAAGUCAUUGCCGGCGUAUCGCAGCGUGUGGAUCCGGAGCAGACCAAGCCAGCGUGGUGGCCCGUUGGUGUUCUGCACCGAGAGCCAGAUCAUCUCCUCAAGCGAGACCGCCUGAAGCUACUUGUACAUAUACUCUGUGAGCUGAAGGAUAGCCACAGUGUGACUGCAGACAAACUGCGCGAAGCUGGACAAGACGUUCGCCGUCAGAUUACACCCUCACAUCGACUUCAAGUACUGGAUGAAAUCUAUUUCGUGCGAGAGAUGGAAGAAAGGUAUCUGGACGGAAAUCUAGACGCAAAUGCCCGCCUUCAGGUCAUCCACACACAACUCCCGGAGGCAAUAUGCCAGGAAGAUGAAUUAUCUUCCGGUAUAUACGUUGCCCCGAUCACGGCGCUGGACGAAGAGUCGGAUAGCCAAGAUACGCCGAGCUUUGGAGCUGAGCGUGACUUGCAUUUAGACGACAGCACUCCCAUAGCACACACAAGCUCACAGGGCAUGCCACUUUCCCCGACAGCCAGCGACUCAAGUGGCCCUCAUAGCCCGACUUUUGGAGCAUACCCUGCUGCUAUAAACUCGGCCGUGAUGCCGCUAGAAGCUUCCACGGCUGUCAAGAAUAUGCCCACCGGGCCGAAUUAUCUACCAGGGUACUAUGGGCAGCAAUUCAUGCCCACUGAGAAGACAGCUCCUGGGGGCUACUGGACUGGUGUGCCUCAUAUUUCUCAGGUUUCACACUAUGGUUAUUGAACUAGAAAUUGGGGGGACAUUUUCGUUUUUCUUUCGUUCUGAGCACACGUAGGAAUUCUGGAAGGCUAACGAGACACGAACACGAGCGCGAACAUAUAUUGGGAAGGCUGUUUGGAACAUAUUUUGGGUUGCACUCUUCUAUUGUCUCUUUCGUGCCAUUUAUUUUGAGUCAGAUGAAAAAGAAAAAUGACCAAUAUAAUUCAAAGAAAAUUUCAAUGAUG